AGAGAAGGACUUUGUCUUCAUCAGCGUAUCUGUAAAGCAACACUUGACUUCAACUUGAUUCCCAACGACCGUCCGUCCAUUCAUACAAACCGGUUUGUACCUAUCUAAGCUACGUACCUACCCUACCUCCCUACCAAGACAGCUCCAAUGUCAGGCGACCAAUCCUACCGCGACCGCCGCCGGGCCCUCGCCGCGGUCGCAAGGCAGACCAAGGCCCUGACCCCAACCAUCAUGGCCGACCUCCCGCACCUGGACGCGACCCACUCCGAGCUCCUCACCCUAGCCAACCUCCCGCCCCUGGACCCGGCCGCCUGCCCGGGCUUCGUGGCCCCGGGCGCCGCCGUCCGCGGCACGCCCAUCCGCGUCCUCAACCAGGACUCCUUCGACGCCGCCAUCGCCAUGACGCGCGCAUCUGCAUUAUCCGCAUCCGCAUCCACCACAGCCAACGACGACGACGCAGCACAGCUCCUCAACCAUCUAUCCACCGCGGCCCAACAGCCAGCCGCGCUCGACGCCACCGCGGCGCCCCGCGUCGCGGUCCUCAACAUGGCCUCGGACAAGAACCCCGGCGGCGGCUGGCUGGGCGGUUCGUCGGCGCAGGAGGAGGCGCUCUGCUUCCGCAGCACGCUGGCCGCGUCGCUGUCGCGGCGCUUCUACCCGUUCCCCCCGCGCGGCGGCCUGUACUCGCGGGACGUGGUCGUGUUCCGCGAGGGGAUGGGGAACGGGCAUGGGCUGAUGUCCGGGGCCGGGGCGCGGCCUGUCGUGAGCGUGCUUAGCGUGGCGGGGGUCAGGAGGCCCGAGGUUGAGGAGGCGGGGGCCGCGGGGAGGUUGGUUUUUGCUGAGUCGGCGGUGAGGGAGUUGACCAAGGAUAAGAUGCGGUUGUGCUUGCGCAUGGCGGCGUCUAGGGGUCAUGUCAUGUUGGUGCUGGGCGCUCUUGGGUGUGGCGCGUUCAGGAACCCGCCGCACGAGGUUGCGGAUUGUUGGAUGGAGGUGCUGAGCGAGGACGAGUUUGCUGGGGGGUGGUUUAGGGAGAUUUGGUUUGCCGUCUAUGACAGGAAGGGGGAGGGGAACUUUGAGAUCUUCCGAGAUGUCCUGGAUGGGAAGAUCGUCGGGGAGGUAGCGUCUAGUUGAGGUGGCAUUAUUACCUUUUGAGUCUUUCAUAUCCAGUAGUUGCCCUCCAACUGCGCCAAGGACAAGCUUUUUGAUAUUAGAGAGAACGCUGUCGGAUGUCAGUUUGCGGCUUCCGAAACCGGUAAAGGUGGAAGGGCGCCAAGAUUUUGCUCAGAUUCUCAGGUCUGCCU